AUGUUAAUCAACCAAACAUCGAUAUUCAAUCGGUUCCUAUUGGAGCCCGUGCGGGAAAUAUACGAGGCCUUUGUCAUUUACACGUUUUUCUCCUUAUUGACUGAUAUGUUGGGUGGUGAACGGAAUAUCAUCAUUAUGACCAGCGGGAGGAAACCUGUGCCCCACCCAGGGAUGAUGCGAUAUGUCUUGUCUCCCUUGGAUAUAUCUGACCCAAAAACAUUUUUGCUGAUUAAACGAGGUAUAUUGCAGUAUGUGUGGUUAAAGCCUUGUAUAUGUUUUGGUACCUUGUUUUUUGAAUUUAUGGGAUGGUACAAUGUCAAUGAUAUGAGUUUGAAGUCGAUUUAUUUGUGGAUGACGUUGAUUUACAAUGCCAGUGUUACGUUGUCAUUGUACAGUUUGGCGAUAUUUUGGAAAAUCUUGUGGGAUGAUUUGAAACCUUUUAAACCAGUGGGGAAGUUUCUCUGUGUGAAGUUGAUUAUUUUUGCGUCUUAUUGGCAAGGGGUGAUUUUGGCAAUACUCAAUUUCUUUCAGGUUCUUCCUGGAAGCGAAAACAAUACCGGUGGAGACGGUAGCAGUGGUGGCGGUGAGAGUAUUGGUGUCGGUAUACAAAAUGCAUUGCUUUGUGUUGAAUUGAUUGCGUUUGCCAUUGGCCAUUGGUACUCGUUUUCGUACUUCCCGUUCACAAUCUCGCAAUUGCCAUGGGGACGAUACAAGUUUUACUAUGCUUUAAAGGAUUGGUUAGGUUUCAAGGAUUUGCUUAUUGACUUCCGCAAGACAUUCAAAGGUGACCAUUAUAAGGAUUAUCGACAAUUUGACUCUGUCGAGGCAGUUGUAGCGCAUCCGGAAUCGAAGGGAAGAAUGAGCCGGAUACAUCAGGGAUUACGGUACCAUUAUGAUGGCAAACACAAGCAUUGGCUACCUGAUAACCUGAGUUUACACAAUGGAAACAAUGGGCAUAAUGUGCCCAGUACUUCUGAAAUCCACGCUUUGGACAAUGCAUCAUUGUUGUCGAAUAAUACAUCAAUGAGGGCCAUGUAUCCCCAAUCUCCCACCACGUCACCACCCGGUUCACCCUCAAUUGGAAGCGAUACUGACGAGAAUACAAGCUUGGACGGAGUAGCAGCAGGUGCUGCUGCAAAUGCGCCUACACUUGAAACUACGAUAAUACUGGAUAUUAUCCACUCCGACUCCAUACUUUCGACAAUUGAUUAUACACAAGAGCAAUUUGACCGCGAUGAGCUGAUUUACGAAGGGGCCAUACAUGAAGUGGGCAACUAUGCAUUGGAGGAUGAUGAUGUGAAGCGACUUUUGAAUUACCCCAUUGUCGAUGGUGUUUUGGAUAGUCAUGUGUAUGGGUACAAGGUGCAAAAGUUGCGGCAACGGCAGGAUUUGCGUAAGCUGAAGCAACGCAAAGAGUCAAUUUUGCAGCUGAAUCAAAGUUAUCGAUAUGGAAGCAUCGUAUAG